AUGGAGGAGAGGAUGGUCUACUCUUAUAUUAUAAAGACAGCAACAACAAUAGAUAUUAAUGAAGAGACAAUUAAAAGAGUAUUGACAAACAAGAUACUAUUUAGAAAGAUUAUUCAAGUUGGAAGAAAGACAACACAGAAUCUACUACAAUGUUAUAGUUAUAAUCAGAUUAUUAGUGUAGAGUGGAUGAUUGUACAUGGUCAUUUGGGUCUACUAGAGUACAAGUUGAAAAGAGAUGAUCCGUUACAUUUUACAUUGGUAUCGAUAGAGUUGGUAUGCAAGUGUAUUGGUGGUGGUGGUGAUAGUAGUAGUAUGUCACUGUUUACUCGCAUCUAUGAAAAAAAGAGAUCAAUGUUUUAUGCAAAUACAUUGUUAGAGUAUGCUGCUUCAUCUGGUAACAUGAAAUGUGACAGAGCCAUCUUUGUACUAGAUGAUUUUGUCCGAUGGUUUCAAGAUUUAGCGUCACUAUCACCCGUGGAACUUGGUAGAGUUGGUGCAUUGGAGAUAGUUGAAUGGGUGUUGGAGACGUUUAUAGGAGACCAGCCAAGCAUAAUACUGGUGCGAGAUGCAAGAGAGUUGACUGCUCUAUUCGGACGGUUGAGUCGAAUCGAGCAAGAGUAUCUAUGUUUUGUACAGUACUCUACAAAUUAUACCAGUUAUUGUGUAAUAGACUAUAAACACCACAUUUUAACAAUGUAUUCGAAAUACUAUCAAUUGGAGACAGAGUCUGUAGUAGAGACACUCAACACUGAACAAUUGGCAUUUAUUACACAUAUUUUUAGUGUGUGUAAUGUUGGUGAUAUUAUCCAGUAUGGGUCGGUUCCAUUACUACGUUGUGCGUGGGCGAUUAAAGGACAAGGAUAUUUUGCAAGUGUAAUGCAUCGAUUCACAUCGAGUGAUAGUCUAGAAGCACUAGAAUACAUACAUGAAAAGAUACCAAAUUGUCUAGGUCGCAAAGACCUGCAGUAUGCAAUCACCAACCAUCAUGCCGACAUUGUCCAAUUCAUCGCACACCAUUAUCCAAACUUAAUGGUCGAUCUUGGAAACGACAGUUUAAUCUUGGAUGCAUACACUAGUCUAUAUGACCCACACGUUGCCAAAGUACUCAUUGACAAUGAUGCAACAUCUCAUCCAGUAUUCGAUCAAGUCAGUAUCCUACCACUCGCCACUACAUUCCCCAGUCUUGACGCACUCAUCUUUUACCUUACCUACAUUGACCAUACACUCGAGAGUAUUACUGUCAAUUUCAAUUCUGAAGACGAAUUGCCAAUUCUAAAGUACCUUGUCCAACACUAUGGGGCAACAUUAGAUAUGAACAGUAUUAUGAAAAAAGCAUGUGAAAGUGGAUACCUAUCAUUUGUACAAUAUCUUGUAGAAAUACAUUAUGAAAAGUCAAAUACCGGUAUUGCAUCGACCUUUGUAGACACUGCAUUUGUCCGUGGUCAUCGAUCAAUUGUACACUACCUAGUCACUGAAAAACAGAAUCAUUUUGGUCAAUCAUCUUGGCAAAAGGCUGGUAGUCUUGGAGACGCCGAUCUAUUCGAAUUUGUCAUUUCACAUACCAUUCCUUCUCAACUACAAUCUGCAAUCAAAACUUCAAUGUUACAAGCUUGUAAAAAUGGAAUGUUUAAUCUUAUUCAAUAUAUUCAUAAUAAUUAUUUAAUUAAUAAUAUAAAUAAUAAUAAUAGUAAUAAUAGUAAUAAUAGUAAUAAUGUAGAUAGUAUAGAUAAUAAUAAUAGUGAAGAAGAAGAAGAAUUUUUAUUUUUAUCAAGAUUAAUGAUUGAAGCAGUUGGAUAUGAUCAAUCAAGAAUAUUAAAAUAUUUAAUUGAUAAUACAAAAGUUAGAGAUGACGGUAGUGAUAAAGAUAAAGAUGUAAAAUUGAAAGUUUUUAAAAGUAAAUCAACAAGAACAGAGUUACUUGAAACAUUGAUGGUAUCAAUUAUUAAUGGAUGUCAAUUGGAAUGUUUCAAGUUACUUGUUGAUAGUAAUCAAUACAACUAUCAAAUCAAUAAGGGGCAUACUAUGGUGUUGGCAAAACAUAGUGCCAGUUUUCCACUACUACUCCAUCUUAUCGAGAGCGAUAAAGAUAUCAUGUAUCAUAUUUACACGGUCAGUCCAACACCUUUAAAUCUAAAACUUCAAAGAAUCAUAACUGACAAACAAAGAAUAACAAAUAAUAUUAAUGAAAUGCUCAAUAAUAAUAAUGAUGAUGAUUUUGAUUAA